AUGAUGACUGCCUCUUGCUACAUCUGCCGCUCCGUCGUCCGUGUUCCUCCUCCGCUCAGGUCCAGGACUGCAGUGCGCUGCCAAAGCGCCGCGCCGCCAGGUGCCAGCGGUGCCACCUCCACCUCCAAGCUUGUCCUAGAGGUGAAAGAACGGCUAGCGAGGGAGCAUCCAGGCCUCCCCACGGGCAGGAAUGGGAGAGACGAUGACGACAUGGUCCUCUGGUUCUUGAAGGACCGCAAAUUCUCUGUCGAUGAAGCAGUCUCCAAGCUCACCAAGGCAAUUAAAUGGCGCCAGGAUUUUGGUGUUUCAGAGUUAUCAGAAGAAUCAGUGAAAGGCCUCUACCAAACUGGCAAGGCAUAUGUACAUGAUUCUUUGGACGUUUACGGCAGACCUGUGCUAGUUGUAGUGGCAGCCAAACAUUUCCCUUCGACACAGGAUCCAGUUGAAAACCAGAAGCUAUGUGCCUAUUUGGUUGAGAAGGCAGUAAGCAGACUUCCCUCAGGAGCAGAGAAUAUACUUGGAAUCUUUGAUCUGCGAGGCUUUCGUGUUGAAAAUGGUGAUCUCCAGUUCCUAAAGUUUUUGAUUGAUGUUUUUUACUAUUACUACCCGAAGCGGCUUGGCCAAGUUCUUUUUGUCGAUGCUCCAUUUGUUUUUCAACCAAUGUGGCAGGUUGUCAAACCUCUGUUGAAAUCAUAUGCCUCCCUGGUAAGAUUUUGCGAUGCCGAGACUGUGAGAAAGGAAUACUUCGUAGAAGAAACUGUGCCUCCUGAUUUCCGCAAUUAG